CCCUGCGCCGCACGUCAGCGCUCCGCCACAACUCCGCUCGCAGUCGCAGCCAUGAUGCAGGAAGGGUUAGACGACGGUCCCGAUUUCCUUUCCGAAGAGGACAGGGGACCCAGAGCAGUAAAUGUGGAUCUUCAAACUGAUGCAACACUUCAGGUAGACAUCUCGGAUGCUCUCAGUGAGAGGGACAAAGUAAAAUUUACCGUUCACACAAAGAGCUCUUUGCCAAACUUCAAACAGAAUGAGUUCUCAGUGGUUCGGCAACAUGAGGAGUUCAUCUGGCUUCACGACUCUUUUGUUGAGAACGAAGAAUAUGCCGGUUACAUUAUCCCCCCUGCUCCUCCCAGACCAGACUUUGAUGCAUCAAGAGAGAAACUGCAGAAACUGGGGGAAGGAGAAGGAUCUAUGACUAAGGAGGAGUUCACUAAAAUGAAACAAGAACUAGAAGCAGAAUAUCUGGCCAUUUUCAAGAAAACGGUUGCAAUGCACGAGGUCUUCCUGUGCCGUGUUGCUGCUCACCCUGUCUUAAGGAAGGACCUGAACUUUCAUGUGUUUUUAGAGUAUAACCAGGAUCUAAGUGUUCGAGGCAAGAACAAGAAAGAGAAACUUGAAGAUUUCUUCAAGAACGUGGUGAAGUCUGCGGACGGAGUCAUCGUGUCGGGGGUAAAGGAUGUAGAUGAUUUCUUUGAACACGAGAAGACUUUCCUUUUAGAGUAUCACAACCGCGUGAAGGAUGCCUCGGCCAAGUCCGACAGAAUGAUCAGAUCUCAUAAAAGUGCUGCAGAUGAUGUCAACAGGAUUGCCUCUACGCUGUAUACCCUAGGAACUCAAGACUCAACAGAUGUAUGCAAGUUCUUCUUGAAAGUUUCAGAAUUAUUUGAAAAAACGCGGAAAAUAGAAGCACGAGUGGCUGCAGACGAGGAUCUUAAGCUGGCUGACUUGCUAAAGUAUUACCUUAGGGAAUCACAAGCUGCAAAGGAUCUCCUUUACAGAAGAGGGAGGGCACUCGUUGAUUAUGAGAAUGCUAACAAGGCACUGGACAAAGCUAGGGCUAAAAACAAAGAUGUCCUUCAAGCAGAAACGAGCCAGCAGGUUUGCUGUCAGAAGUUUGAAAAGAUUUCAGAAUCUGCAAAACAAGAGCUUAUAGACUUUAAAACAAGACGGGUAGCUGCUUUCAGGAAGAACCUUGUGGAACUGGCGGAACUGGAGCUGAAGCACGCUAAGGGCAAUCUACAGCUGCUGCAGAGCUGCCUAAGUGUGUUAAAAGGAGACACAUAAGCUGUGACUGGCCUGCACGCUGAAAAGGGCUUCACCUGUCGUGUCUCGUCUUGAUUCUGAAGAUGAAGGAGAGUGUUCCUGCAUCUCUCAUCUGCAGAAUGCACAUAUUUGAGAAGCUGAGAUACCUUGUUCCCUCUUAAUUGCAAAAAAAAAAAGAGGAAUUCAGCUGUGGAUUAAAUACCUGAUGUCAAAAAGUUCACACAGCACAAGUAUAUCUUUAUUUAAUCACUUAGAAUUUUCAUUGUUAACAAUCAAAUAUUGUUUUGUGGAAUUCACAAUAUAAAUAUCACACUUCAUUUAUGUCAGACAUUGCUUAGUGAUAAAGAGGCAAAUAUAGUUUCAGUAAUCUUUUAUUGUGAUGCUGCUCAGUACAUUGUUCCAGGUGAGCUGAUUGUUACUCUUAUUAAAGUGUAUUGUCACUAAAAACGCCUUGUAUAUGUUGUAUUAGUUUUUACUAUAAUUUCUAAUGAACAUCUUAUUUUGAUUUAUUCUCAGUUUUUAUUUUUUAAUAUGAAAUGGUAAUUUCUUAAAUUUGGGGGUACAACGUCUUCUGUAAUGUCUUUUUAUUUUCAAAAUAAGCAAAUGCUUCAGUAUGUUUGCCUUAAAAUAUAGACUAAUCCUAAUGAGUAUUGUAAAAAUAAAAUGCUAUCUUAGUGAUUUUUAAGUGCACUGUAUGAAUGUUUUUCACAGUCUGUGACCAAAGCUUCCAUUGACUUAAAUGGAGGAAUGCUGAUUUGAUUAUUAAUAAUAAUAAACUACAAUUUACUGUGAA